GUGUUGAUGCGUCCUAUUCCAUUUUCUUGCAGGUGUACAAUGAACAGAUCCAAGACUUGCUGCUGCCACGGGGGAGUCUGCCAAUCAGAGAGGACCCAAACACUGGUGUUAUUGUGCCAGGACUCUCGCUGCACAAGCCGAAGAAUGCAGAGGAGCUCCUGUACAUGCUCCAGUUCGGCAACAAGAACAGAUCCCAGCACCCGACUGAUGCCAACGCUGAGUCGUCACGGUCUCACGCUGUCUUCCAGGUAUUUGUGCGACAGAAAGACCGCACCGCUAACAUAUCUGCUGAGGUGAAGGUGGCCAAGAUGUGUUUAGUUGACCUGGCAGGGUCCGAAAGGGCCACAGUCACCAAGAACCGAGGGGCUAGAUUCAGAGAGGGAGCCAACAUCAACAGGUCUCUCCUGGCACUUGGCAAUGUCAUCAAUGCUCUCGCGGAGAACAAGAACAAGGGCCACAUUCCGUACCGAGACAGCAAGUUGACCCGGCUCCUGAAGGACUCGCUGGGAGGCAACUGUCGAACUGUCAUGAUUGCCGCAGUCAGUCCUUCCAGCAUGUCGUAUGAAGACACCUACAACACCCUCAAGUAUGCCGACAGGGCCAAGCACAUCCGGGCCAUGCUGAAGAAGAACAUCCUGAAUGUGGACUUCCACGUGUCCCGGUACGGCCAGAUUGUGGAGGACUUGCGGAAAGAGAUCGGAGAGUUGAAGUCACGACUUCAGCUGUAUGAUGAGGGGAAGAUGGGGUCGUCACGGCGACAGUCAGCUGUCAAUGAGGAGCAAAGACUGAGCGCGAUCCUGGAGAACAUCUUCGAGGCUCGUUUGGACGUGCGUCGAGAGCAGCUGCAGGUGGAGUGUGUGUAUCGGGACCUGCUGUGGAAGAUUGGCCGCAAACAGAGAUGUCUUCAUCGACUCCGUGUCAUCUCGAGCGCUGCUCAGGGACAGGUGUGUGAGCGAGUGGAGCGCAGCCUCAAGUCCCUCCAGGGCAAGAUGGAGGCAGUGACCAGGAAGCGAGAUGCAGCUGAAGUGAAGCUGGCCGCCAACCAGGACUGGCUGAACCGGGUCCACUCCGAGUUGUGCCUGGCAGGAGGAGACAACGCGGUGCCAGAGUGUAGGUUCCCAUGCUGCACCCUCAUCUACCUGCCCUCCGUCCUGACCAUCACUGUAGACUGUAGGUUCCCAUGCUGCACCCUCAUCUACCUGCCCUCCGUCCUGACAAUCACUGUAGACUGUAGGUUCCCAUGCUGCACCCUCAUUUACCUGCCCUCCGUCCUGAGCAUCACUGUAGACUGUAGGUUCCCAUGCUGCACCCUCAUCUACCUGCCCUCCGUCCUGACCAUCACUGUAGACUGUAGGUUCCCAUGCUGCACCCUCAUCUACCUGCCCUCCGUCCUGACAAUCACUGUAGACUGUAGGUUCCCAUGCUGCACCCUCAUUUACCUGCCCUCCGUCCUGACCAUCACUGUAGACUGUAAGUUCCCUUGCUGCACCCUCAUCUACCUGCCCUCCGUCCUGACCAUCACUGUAGAGUGUAGGUUCCCAUGCUGCACCCUCAUCUACCUGCCCUCCGUCCUGACCAUCACUGUAGACUGUAAGUUCCCAUGCUGCACCCUCAUCUACCUGCCCUCCGUCCUGACCAUCACUGUAGACUGUAGGUUCCCAUGCUGCACCCUCAUCUACCUGCCCUCCGUCCUGACCAUCACUGUAGAGUGUAGGUUCCCAUGCUGCACCCUCAUCUACCUGCCCUCCGUCCUGACCAUCACUGUAGACUGUAGGUUCCCAUGCUGCACCCUCAUCUACCUGCCCUCCGUCCUGACCAUCACUGUAGACUGUAGGUUCCCAUGCUGCACCCUCAUCUACCUGCCCUCCGUCCUGACCAUCACUGUAGACUGUAGGUUCCAUGCUGCACCCUCAUCUACCUGCCCUCCGUCCUGA